AAAGGAAGUGUGGUUGCAACCCAUACUUCCAUCUUCUUCAUCCCUCACCCUCACUUUUCUCUGUCCCCUUCUCUCACCAACUUCUUCUUUCAAUUCAAUUCCUUCUCUUUUCUUCACAACCUCUGUACAGUUAGUUAAUCAAACCCUCACCUUACCUCACAGGUGUGGAGCAGGUUUUAGUUGUUAAUUAAAUACGUAGAUAAAAAUCGAAGGACGAAGAUGAAGCAGUUUGCCAUCCAAAACGCGGUCGUUCCAUCCCACGAUGAGAUUAGCGUGGUUUGCCCCAAGCCCCGCCGCCUCGGCCUCUUCAACUUUCCCGUCAACGAUCACCCUGCUAGAAACUUCCGAUGGCAUCUCAGUUGCCAGGUCGAGCCAUGUGAUUCAAGCUCCUCUGGUUCAAAUCCUCUGGACAACAUACUCACAAAGGAUGGUGAUUUUGAUGUAGAGAACUCUUGGCCUGUGGCAGCCUCCUCGCCACCUUUUUUCUGCGGGUCGCCGCCUAGCAGAGCAACUAACCCUUUGAUUCAGGAUGCUCGAUUUGGAGAUGAGACUUUUUCUCCGCUCUCACCGCAGUCGUGGGUGGUGGUUCCGACUGCAUCAGGUCUCCCACCAUCUCCCUCAUCCUCAGCAAGGAAGGGAGGCUGUGUUCGAGCUAAUUUUGGUGACAAUCCUGUCGUGAGAAUUGAGGGAUUUGAUUGCCUUGAUAGGGAUAGGCGAAAUUGCAGCAUCCCUGCCCUGGCAUAGAUCUUCUUCUCAUACCACACAAGUUUAAUAUUAGAUUCAGUUCAAAACAUAACCGAGACUUCAUACAACACGCACGGACAAAAGUAAUUUUUGGAUCUUUGAGUCUAGAGGAAGAGAUAAAUUUUAUCUUGAUUGUAAAUAUGUUCAGUUGAUAACGUGUAAAUGUCAACUGGGUCUAUUAUCUUGUAUCCAAAUAAAAUAGAGGACUGAUUUGGGAUUGCAGGUGUGCUUAGAUACCAUUCUCUUCCUUUGUAAGUAGAAGUCUAUACGAGAAUGGUAAACUUCAUUUUGAUUUUCUUUUAUGGGUCUUCAAAUUGUAACUACUAGCAGCUAAGAUCGAAAAUUUGUACAAAAUGCUUUAUAUGAGAAUGUUCAGAUGUUUUUGUAAUGA